UUCGUCGACUAUCCGAGAAGUACGCAAGAAACGGCUUCUAACACCUGACAGGGGCCACGCUCUUCUCUUCUCUCUCCUCGUGCCGUCGCCUCGAUCACCGUCGCAGCCCAAUUUUCUCACUGGGACCGCUGUGUUGGAUCAGCUGGGUGGGCCUGACCGACGAAAGACCCGUUGCUUUAUUGUCGCUUGUCAUCUCGAUGUGGAAGGAAUCGUAAUUACCAUAAAGGAAUCGUAACGUCGUCCCGAAAAUCAUACCUGGACAGUGGAUGCUCUUUUGCUCCGGUGUGUGAUUGACGACACGAUCAUCCGAAAAUACAGAGAGAAACGAACGAUCUGGAAACAUCCCGUGUACGUCUGCCGUCGCAAGCUAUCCGGUAAUCGCGAUCAUCCGCCUACUAGCGAUAUCCUUUUCCGCCCGCGUCCGUUAUCGUUCCAGUGAUAAUGUGUAAAGUUGCGUAAGUGGCGAGUCAAAGUGGGGGUCAAAGGUAACGAAUAAACAAGAGAAAAUAAAAAGAUAGUCGGAAAAGGAGAAGGAAGAAAAGAAGAAUUAUCACGAUAAUUUUUGAUUGAAUACGAAAAGUGAAAAAAAAACGACGUGAUCGUAAAGAAUAACCAAUUAACCGAACAAUAAUCGAGUGCGUGCGUACGGUGCGAAAGAAAUUCGAAUCAAUCAAAGAUCGAGAAAAUAUUUGAUAACUUGUGAUAUAAGAAAAGGUGAUUGGCGUGGAAGUGUGCGUGAAGAUGAAGCAGCAGCCGGCAGAUUUGCCGGUACGGUGUCGGUGUUGAGACACUAAACCCGGCCACCGUGUCCGGGCGUGUCUUCGGCAUCGAGUCCGAAAUCGGCACCGGCUACAGCCGAUAUGAGUUCGAAAUUCAUAAUCGAUAGUAUGCUACCUAAGUACCACCAGCAAUUUCAUCAUCAACAAUUAUUCUCGAGCGCGAAUCCCGGCACAAUCCAAGCGUGUACGACAAGCCCAGCAACCGCGAGCCUAGAAUCGAGUUUAUCCGCGGCUGCAGUCGCGGCCGCGGCAGUGAAUUACGCGCAACAGCACAAUUCCCCUAGCCCGACGGGCUCAAGUCCUCAGCAUUCGGGAAGUUCGGCUUCUACGUCACCGGCGGCACGCACAACUUCCAGCAUGUAUCCAUACGUGUCAGCAGCAGCGGCGCAUCAUCAUCAUCAGCAACAACAAGCGGUUGCGGCGGCAGCAUUCGGUGCCACAUCUAGCAUGGUGCCAGGAUUUGGUUCGACCGCGGCUUCGAGCGCAGCGUUAGCUGCGGCCGCAGCCGUCGAUGCUGCAACCGCCGGCGACAAAUCUUGCCGUUAUACCGCCAGCCUCACUGGAAAUGUUGCACCAACGUCCGCCGAUCCAAUGGUAAAUUAUACCCUUGGCCAUCAUCAUCAGAACGGCGCUACACCUAGUAGCCUAGUAUCUUCUGCGUCAGCUUCGUCUGCUGUUUCCGCUGCGUCCGCCUCUAUGGCUGCCGCUGCACAAUUCUAUCAUCAAGCCGCCGCUGCAUCGGCCGUCGUUGAUCCUUUGACGUCCUGCCAACAACCUACCACCGGACAACCCAGCAUCUCGGACAUACCGCGAUAUCCAUGGAUGUCCAUCACCGAUUGGAUGAGCCCGUUCGACAGAGUCGUGUGCGGACCGAACGGGUGUCCGAGGCGUAGGGGUCGGCAGACGUACACACGGUUCCAGACCCUCGAGCUUGAGAAGGAGUUCCAUUACAACCAUUACCUGACGCGACGGCGGCGAAUAGAAAUCGCGCACGCUCUCUGUCUGACGGAACGACAGAUCAAGAUCUGGUUUCAGAAUCGGCGGAUGAAACUGAAGAAGGAAUUGAGGGCGGUGAAAGAAAUCAACGAGCAGGCAAGGCGGGAACGCGAGGAGCAGGAAAUGAUGAAGAAGCAGCAGGCGGAAAAGCAGGCCAAGAUGCAGCAGGAGCAACAGAAUGCGGCCCUGCAGCAUCAGCAACAGCAUCACGUAAGCGGUCUCGACAAGACACAGAGUGAUCUUCUGAAGGCGGUCAGUAAAGUGCCCACAUAGGAAACUUUGCUAAGCCGGUUGUCUUUCUUUUAAAGAAGAAACAAGAGACUGGACGCAGCCUAGACGCAGACAUCGAAGCGACAUAGCUGGUAAGAGAGGUCGGUCAAAAUGUGUAGAGGACCUUAGAAAUGAACUAACCGCAACUCGAACCGCCCGAACGCGGCGCCCUCUUCUUACUCUUCCCGCGCGAACCGACGAAGACGCCACCUGGGAAUUGUCCGUGGUCUUCUUCCUCCUGCUCUUCGACCGAAAAGGUGUUCUUCUUGCGUAGGAGGAUCUCAUCGAGUGAUCUCUGUUCUCUUGUUUUUUUUAUAUCAAGUGAGGAAAAAAAACGGAAGAAACAAAAGGACGAUGGUUUUACGAAAGAAACGGAAUACGACUUUGGGGACACGACAACGACAACGAUGCAUUGUAUGCCAUUGUGUCUAACAACGAGACUAGAUGUCGAUAAGAGGCAGAAAAUAUAGAAAGAAAAAAAGAUAGGUGGAGGGAACGAGGGAACCGAGAAAGACGCGCGACGAUGUUUAAAGUUGUCUGUCUCUUUUGUUUUUUUAUGAAGGAAGAAAGGAGGUGAAACAAAUACAACCGAAGAAGUUAAUCGUAGACGUGAACGAGAGAAGAGCGUGUAGAAAAAGCGAAAAGCAUACCCUCAAAAAAAAAAAAAAAAAUGAGAAAAAAAUUAUACACUACGUACUUAUUUGGCUGGGCCAAAAAGAAGGACCUAGCCUGUGACUGAUUCCUAGAGCGUAUAAUGUAAUAAUUGUUUAAUGGAACGCGCUGCGCGACGAGUCAUCGCGAUUGCCGAGCGAUGAACAGCGGGAAUGAUUAAGUUGGCGUGAUAACUGCCACAUACGAAGAGCCAACGAUCGCGGGAACUAGACGAGAACUAGAAUUAACUCAAACGAGAAGAAACCGAAGGAUUAAUACCACUGUAUUGUACAUGUAAGACUCGUGUACGCCAGCGUCGACGAGACGAUCAAUUAAUAUCAACAGAGAAGAAACCGUAGUGGUAGGGAAUAAUUAAACGAGGCUGUCGAAGAAUUCGUGUAAUUGCGGUGAAUGAUCGAAAAAAGGAGGGAAAAAGAGGACACGAAACUCGUUGCUCUUCGCCAUUUUGAGGAACAUGGACGAUGAUGGGCUUGAUCUUCCAUAUACUUCUCUGUUUCAAUUCCAAUCUAUUAUUCCAUUCUUUAUCCAUCACUUUUAUUCUUUUCCUUAUAUCGAAACGUUUAUCCUUGGUAAAAUUUUUCUUCGAAAUAUCCGAAACAAAAAAAGUUCAGUCGAAGAAUUUCUCUAUCAUCGAUAUGUAAGGUUAGAGAUCUAAUCUCACGAUUUUACAAGAAGGUUCGAUAGCUCAUUCUUUAAGAAUGAACCGAUAACACGAUUCGCGUUACAAUUAGUCUCGCUCGAAAAAAGAUCGUAAGAAUUCUCGACUCUUCUCGACUCUUUGAAACACGAUGGAACGUAUUUUUCGAACGAUUGCUGACUUCAGAUACCUUCUUCGGAUAUUUUUACCCGAUUGUAACGAAACCAGUGGCGCAUGCAUUAAAGCGUACGCUCACGAGCAAUUUCAUGCCGCUGGCCGACUUCGAUUUUCCUCGAGAGAGGAAUUUAGUGAUACAAAUCGAUGCCAUUUUGCCAAGCUCCUUUUCCAGACUUAAUUAACCAUGGUUUAUACUCGCGAUUGCCUCUUUGAAACUUCGUGUUGUAAUUAGGCAAAUUAAUAUCGCUACCGUUAAAUACUUCUAUCGUUUCUGACGUAAUUCGAGAUCUGUACUUGCUGACGUAAAUAUCCUUUAAUCGUUCUAACUGAACUCAUUGCGAAUGUUUUAUUUUUAUUUUAUUUCUUUUUACGAUAUUUAUUUUUUAAUUUUUUUUUAUAUGUACGUUUCUCUGACCCGGAUCGCCCAUGUUCUUUCACGAAACGUUUGGAAAUUAAUAUAGUAUGCGUCGUUGCUCCUGUUGGUAAUUAUAUUUUAAAAAUAAAUUAUCUCUUUUUCUGGAAUCGAAUUAUUGUUGAUUCCUCUUAAUUAAUACGAAGUAUUAUUUAGGAGGAACGCCGAAGCGCGGAAAUUUAUUUUUUUACGAAGAAAUUUAACAGACCACGACGAGUGAUGAGGCGUCCUCGAGUUAACAAACACGAAUAAAGUGUGUAUUCAUUUGUUUCUUUUGCAUGAAAUCACCAUUACGUAUCACUAAAUAAAAUUUUUAAAAUUAGAAGACAUGAAUACUGAUCAAUCGAUCAUUUUUUAACUUUUUUUUACAAAAAGCCAUCUCAAAAAAUGAUACGAUAUACAAUAUUUAUUCGUUAUAUAUUCGAAACUUUCUUACCAACUUAAUAACUCUUAUUUCCACUACUGGAAAGAAAGUCGAUGAAGCAAGUAAUAUCAUACCAAACAAAUAUUUUCUAAAUGCUUGGGUUUUCAAUCUCUCUUUGUCUUUUAUCAACUGUCAUUUUCUUGCGACCUUCGUAGCCGUUAGAGAUUAAACGAGGAUCGAAUUUCAUAUCCAUAGCUGUUAUGUGCCGUGAUACUGAGCCGUGAGCUUACAAUGAAUAAAUACACAUAUACCGUACAGAGGGCGUUUCAUCAAGCGUUGCUUGCUUAUUUCUGUCAUGGAUGCUUAACCUCUUAACAACUCCUCGUAUCGAUAUAUCAUUUUCUCUGUUUUGAUACGAAUACGAAUAAUAGUGAUUAUACAGUGAUGACUAUAGUGUGUGCAAAAGAAACAAGUGAAUAUACUCUUUUAGAAUGUGUGUGAAAAGACUUGUAAUCGUGAUAUAAAGCAAGAAGCGAGAUAAUUCUCCGCAUAUUUCUUCGAUCGAAACAUCGUUCGUGAUAUUACGUGAUUGGCGCGAGUGUUUCGAGUUGAAAAUUGAAAUUCAGGUAAUAUUAUCGGUUUCGGGAGGGACCUGAUUCGUCGAUGAGCACAUCCACAUUCAUUUUAUUGUUUCAGUUAGAUCUCAGAGGAUAUCGCGCAAAGGUAUCGCUAAAGGCUUUUACUAAUACAAGAUAACUUGUAUGAAAGCAGCACGUUUUCCAUAUUAUCUAAGAUAAUUUAUCGUAUCGUUAUCGCGAGAAUAUUUUAUCUUUUAAUUCUCGUCGCGAAAACAACGAUCUAUGAUCGUUCUCUAUUUGAUAUUCAUUUUAAGAGAAUUUAAUUUUUCAUCUAUGUUUGUUUUGUCUUUCUUCCUGUCAUAUUUUUUUUUCUUCUCUUUUAUAAAUAUUAUUCGCGAUAAGAUGUUAAUUCUUGUAAAUUUUUCUAUGUUAAUUUUACGUAGUGUUACGUAGUUAUAUCGAUGCCAUGUUAAAUCGAGCAUCGAGAUUGUUGAAAAACUUUUUUUUGUUUUCGUGUUUUCUUUGCCAUAUUUUUGUCCAACAUCACGGGACAACGACGUCUUUUCGCAACCACAAUUCGAACGCACAAGUGAUCGUAAAAAAAAAGAAGAAAGGAAAAGAAGUUGGGAGAGUGGAAAAAAGAAAGAAUAAAAAUAGAAAUACACAUGAGAGAGAACGAACUUUUAAACAUGAUACAAAAAUGUUUAUAAAGACACAUUGGACGAGUAUCUCACUCUUAGUACAUUAAAUACGUAAUUUGGUGUCAGGGUAGACUUUUUUCUAUAGAUAUAGAAGCCGUUGUUGCUAUUUACUUACGUAGAAUUCAUAAUGAAAAAAAAGAGGACUCUAGCAAGAAAAAUCGAGAGAAAAAUUACAGAACUUCAGAUUAUAUAAAUUAUUACCUAAUUAUUUUUUUCUCUUCCCCGUUAAAUAUGAUUCGUACAAAAUAUUCCUCUGUCUUUUCGAU